AUGAUGAAAAUCUUUGUUAUCCUGUCGGCCCUGGUUGCCUUUGCUUUGGCGAAGCCAUCCGUGGCAGUGUUCGCCGCCGCCCCCGCACCUAUCGUGACCGCCACCAGCUCCCAGUACUAUCAUCGUAUCAACAACGGCCUCGCCGCCUACGUGGCCGCCCCUGCGUACGCUCCUUACGUAGCAGCCCCCUACGUGGCUGCCCCAGCAUCCUACGUAGCGGCCGCUGCCCCAAUAGUCGCAGUC